AUGGCCGACUGUGGACUCCCCUUCCCGGUCGUCUGCAUCCAAUGCGGCCGGGGCGUCGGCCUCUGCGGCAUCAAGAUUAUCGGCCCUACCAUCGGCUUCUGCGUCGCCGUCGUGGCCGCCUUCAUCUGCUGGCCCAUCGCCCUCCUCUUCUGCUGCUUCACCGAGACGGGCAAAAAGUGGUUCUGGAAACCGUGUGAGAUCAACGGCCAGGUGUCGGACCUGUUCCCCAUCUGA